GGUAAGUUGUAUUUUCACGCAUGCGCAGUUUAUCAUACGCGAUACAUAACCCUGCCCAGUGAAUACAAUGUGGUGCCUCUUCUUGCAGAGGAGGUCUAUACACUCCUCGUUUUGUUUAAUGAAGAAGUUAAAGGGUAAAACUCCCGCCGAACAGCGGUGGCUGCAGCGGCAGCUCAAAGACCCGUAUGUCAAAGCUUCUCACGCCCAACACUUCCGGUGCAGAAGCGCCUUCAAGCUGCUGGAGAUAGAUGACAAGUUUGGGCUUUUACAGCCUGGAUAUAGUGUGGUGGACUGCGGAGCUGCACCUGGAGCCUGGAGCCAGGUGGCAGUCCAGAAGGUCAACUCAGCCGGGACAGGUGAGAGAGGAGUCCUAGAUCCAGAGUUACCACAUGGUACAGUUGUUGGCAUUGAUCUGCUGAACAUACCGCCUCUGGACGGUGCCCACUUCCUGUCUAGUCAUGAUGUCACUGACCCGGCCACACACGCCAAGCUGCUGGAGCUGCUUCCCAAUGGCCAGGCUCAUGUCAUCCUGAGCGACAUGGCGCCCAACGCCAGCGGUUUCCGAGAUAUGGACCACGAGAAACUCAUCAUGAUGUGUUUGUCUUUGAUAGACUUGGCUGAGAAGAUUUUACAGCCAGGUGGCUCUCUGGUUUGUAAAUACUGGGACGGGAUCCUUGCUCAUAAACUCCAGGAGAAACUCUCAAGUGUGUUCAGUAGCGUUCGGACGUUAAAGCCAAACGCCAGCAGAAAGGAUUCGGCUGAGAGAUAUUUCUUCGCUAGAAUGUACAGAAAGCCAGUAAAAUGAUCAUAGUUGUCUUUUAUUUUUCUAAUGUCUAUCCUAAAAUGAACAAUUUGUUCAAUUUAGAUGUUUUCUGGAGACUCACAUAAGUGCACACUGUGUUUUUGAUGAGUGAACCUGAAGAAGAGGCUUACCUAAUAACUUUGAUCAAAAGGUGGCACUGUUGAGGCAUCAGUAAGGCUCACAGCUGCAGGCACAGACACAUUACAUACUGAUGGUGCUGAUUUUUAUCCCUGCAAGCUGAACACAGUAGCAGCAGUGAAUCAGUAAUAUGUAAACCUAUGAAAGAAUCAUCAGUGUGAUAUUCCUCAAGAGCCCAAUGCUGUGUCUUCUCUCAAGUUAUUGUUUGCCCCACAGUGUUUGUUCUACACAGUUUGGUAUUUGCUUUGUUACAGAAAGUCAUUUACCAGUGCUGCUUAUGCUAAUAAUAUGCACUGCCAGCCAUGUAGAAAUAUGUAAUCAUUCCCUCAUUGAGAGCUUAUGAAGGGAAAACCUAAGACAUAAGAGUCACAUACAGCAUGACUAAUGGGAAGUGGGCUGAUAGCUUGGCACGCUGCAAGUGUUGUCGAGCUCUGCUCUCUGACAGCGGAGAGAUGUCCAUUUCCUGGGAAAAUGUUUUCAGCCCAGUAGACACAUUUUCUUUUAUGAUUCUUCUUUAAAUCACUGUGCUGAACACUUUGGAAAGUACUAUUUAUUUUGUUUGUCUUUGUGCUUUUUAAUACUGAUUUGAUUCUGGUCUGACCCUAGUUUAGAACCACUGGUAAUGAAAUAAAAGGAUGUUUCUAUCAGAGCUACAUUACAAAAGACACAACACAUAUGUUUGAUUUCACAGAAAUGUAUAUAGAGAUUCACAGUAUAGACCUUGCUAAUAUAAUGUCUACAAUGUCAUGUGCAUAAUUGUACCAUUCAUCAAGGGCAUAGCACAAAUAUUUGGGCCCUGUGCAUAUGCCAUCUCAGUGGGCCCCCUCCCUCCUUAAUACAUCAUUUUUCAUGCAUGUACAGAUAACUUUAUAUAACUUUAAUUAUAGCUAAUAUGACAAGAGAGAGAGAUGGGGAAUGACACUCCCAUGUACAAAUGACAAAUGAAUAACACAAAACACAUGCAUUCUUAGUGGUAAUUAGUAAUGAUGUUUUUUGUACCACUUUUAAGCUAAUAUUACUCAAAUAAAUUUGUGAUACUUUGACAA